UGGAGGGUGAGGUAACUAUUGCUACGUCUAUUUCUAGAGCUGCCGAAGCAAGAGAUCGUCUCCUUUCAAACAGGAUAGAAGCAGCGCGGGAAUGCGUGGCCUGCUACAAGGACACCGACAUGUACGCAGCCAUGGCCUACUGUAAUAUAGGCUUCAUGCAGGCUAUCAUGACGUUUGACAGGGAGAACAUUGCUCAGAGUCUGGUGGAUAUUGACGCUGCAAUGCAGGUGAUAAAUUCGUAUCGACACAAAGACAACAUGGUGAGUUACCUGAUGAGUUACGUGAAAAACAGGGACUUUUCUACUUUCGCCGAGCUGGAGGUUCACGCUGAAUUGUUGUACGCAGAGACACUGUUAGUGCGUGCAAUUCUAACAUUCGCCGAGGAUCAAGAUAGUUUAGUGAGCUUUGUUAAGGGGGCUUUCAAGAUAAAAACAGCUCACAGUUUGUACAAGGAAAUGUAUACGUGCUUAUCAGAUAGAGCAACAGCUAUACCUGCAGAUAAUAUCUUACACAAAAAUGAGAUUAUCGGCGGAAUCAACAUGGGAUGGGGUGCAUUUAUACUGGGAUUAUCACUUUUACCACCUAAAAUUCUGCGACUGUUAGAGUUCUGUGGACUUCAAGGGGACAAAAUGCUGGGUCACAAUUUGGUCGUUGAGGCAGAAAAGAUGGAUGUGUUACGUUCAUUUGUGGCUGCUGCUGGAUUAUUAAAUUAUCAGACGAUAGUGUUACAAUUUAUAAAACGCGAGGAGUACGACAGUAACGUAGUUGAUACGAUAUUAUCUAAAUAUCUUGCACGAUACCCUGGAAGCGUAACGUUUGGCUUCUAUGAUGGAAGAAGGGAAGUAAUAAGUGGGGAGCUGGAGAAAGCUCUGGAAAAGUACGAGCUUUGUGAACAAAGCCCUAUUGACUGGAUACAAGUUUACCACUUGUGUUACUGGGAGAAGAUGUGGUGUCAUGCAAUGCUGCUUCAGUGGGACCAAGCCGCUCAUUUCGCUAAUAGAUUAUACAAAGAAAGCAAAUGGUCCCGGACACUAUUUGGAUAUCAGUACGUAGCUUUUAAAUUCAUGUCAGACUCAGAAUCUGCAGACCUUGAAGAUAUAGCUAAACUCGUCCCUAAAUAUCAGCUUAAAAUUGGUGGUAAGCACCUGCACAUAGAGAAGUUUGCCAUACGUAAAGCCCGUAGUUUCCUAAGAAAUGACAAGUUUCUGUGUUUACCGGGGCUGGAGCUGCUUUAUAUCUGGAGGUUUAUACCUCUGAUGAGUAAGGAGAGCCAGCAGAAACUUGUUAAGAUGAUAGAAGCCUGUCUGGAGGAUAUAGCUAACAUAGUACCGUACCACACGCAACAUCCUCUAGACGACUGGUUCCUGUGUAACCUCCUCUUAGCUGUACUUACUGCAGAGUUGGGAGAUCACGAACACGCCCUCAGUUUGUUGAGGACUGCUCUACAGUCAGAGGAUAAUAUUCAGGUAGAUCAUUUCUACAUACCGUACGCACAUUUUGAGUUGGGAGUUCUGUACGCGAGAAAGGGCGAAAACAUCCAAGCAAGGGCUCAUCUGAGGUACGCGAAGGAGUUUAGCAACAAGGUGAAGAGUUACUCGUUAGAGAACCGACUCCUUUUCAGAAUACAUUCUACCCUCUCGGAGGUACCUGAACAUUGACACUCUGUCCAAGAUCACGUGAUUAGCGAUGAUUAGUGACGAUUAGUGACGAUCGAUGAGAAAUGUUCAAGAGAAAGUCGUUAAAGGUAGUGGUUGUAAUUAUAAAGAUAAGAGACUUGUCCAUUCUUACAGACUUUAGAUACUGAUGAUGAACUAAAAUGUUCGUUUAAAAAUUUGUGUGGGGAUUAUAAUAUUUGUAGCAACACUUCACUGAACUCAUUAUUUAUGACCGUGUAUAAAAAUUGCUGGAUUUUAGGACCAACUUUCGUGGAGGUGGAUCCAAAUUUGUAUAAAUAAUAUUCAAAUUAUGAUAUUGGACUUUUGCAGUUACUGAUGUUCUAUUUACUGAUGUUCCGUCGAUUAAUCUUUUAGAUGACACGGCAUUACGGCAAUGAUUAUGCUAAAACUUUGGUUUUGAAACUUUAUGACUUGUUGUUAAAAUGUUGACUUACAUUUUGAGGUAAUUGAGGCCUAUUCCUAA